CUCGUCUUCUUCCUCUUAUUUUUCUUCUUCUCUGAGAAAUCGAUAUUUUCUAUUUCGGACUUGUUUCGGAGCUAAGUUAAUCGGAUCUCCGGCGACUUUGCCGGUAAAAAUGGCCAAUUACGAGCUUUUGCUAGACGGAGAAGACCGACCGGCGACCAACCGGAGGUCUCCACGUGUCGCCUCUCUCGAUGUCUUCCGCGGUCUCUGCAUCUUCCUGAUGAUGGUCGUUGAUUAUGGUGCCUCAAUUUUUCCCGUAAUCACCCAUUCUCCUUGGAAUGGCGUUCAUUUGGCCGAUUUUGUGAUGCCGUUUUUCCUUUUCAUUGCUGGAGUUUCACCUGCGCUUGUCUAUAAGAAAGUGCCUGAUCGACUAGAAGCUACAAGGAAAGCUGUACUUAGGGCAUUGAAACUGUUUUUCCUUGGCGUUAUUCUUCAAGGGGGUUAUUUUCAUGGAGUGUCUUCCAUGACAUAUGGUGUUGAUGUCGAAAGAAUACGGUGGCUUGGCAUUUUGCAGCGAAUAUCUAUUGGAUACAUUGUGGCUGCUUUAUGUGAAAUAUGGCUUUCACAUCAAACGGGGUGGGAAAUAGGAUUCUUCAAGAGUUACUAUUCGCACUUGUGUGUUGCCUUUUCACUAUCAGCAAUAUAUGCGGGGUUAUUAUAUGGUUUAUACGUUCCAGAUUGGCAAUUUAAAGUGUCUCCUGCAACCUCUUCGCUUCCAUCAAAUGAUAGUUCUGUUUACAUGGUGAAAUGUUCUGUGAGAGGAGACCUUGGACCUGCUUGUAAUUCUGCUGGAAUGAUUGAUCGGUAUGUUCUUGGUAUCGGCCAUCUGUAUACUAAACCUGUUUACAAAAACUUGAAGGAGUGCAAUAUGACAACCAAUGGCGAAGUUCCAGAGAGUUCACCUUCAUGGUGUCAUGCUCCUUUUGAUCCUGAAGGUAUUUUAAGUUCUUUAACGGCUGCUGUAACCUGCAUAAUUGGACUUCAGUAUGGUCACGUUCUUGCUCAGUUACAGGAUCACAAAAGGCGGCUAGAGAGUUGGUCCUUAUUUUCUGUCUCGAUUUUUGGUAUUGGAUUGUUUCUAGCCUUCAUUGGCAUCCCUCUAAAUAAAUCACUGUAUACAAUUAGUUAUAUGCUAACUACUUCUGCAUCUGCGGGAAUUACAUUCUGUAUUCUGUAUCUACUGGUGGAUGUUUAUGGUUUCAGGAGCUUAACAUUUGUGUUGGAGUGGAUGGGAAUGCAUUCCUUGAGUAUUUUUGUUCUAGUUAGCUCUAACUUAGCUAUAAUAGCUAUUCAAGGACUCUACUUUCAUGAUCGUAAAAAUAAUAUCAUUCACUGGAUUAUAACGUGUUUUGUUCACAAGUGACGCGGUUGCUCAAGUCUUCCCUGCAUGGGAAAAGGCCUUGACCAAACCUCAGGAUUAAAGCUGGCGGCACGCUUAACACAUGCAAGUCAGACGUGAAGUGUUUAUAUGCAAGUUGUUCCGAUAGUCGACAAAUAUCCAUUUUUUGCCUGAGUUAUUUGUAGCGUCUCAAUGGAGAAAAGCCUUGGCUUAUAUGGUGGCCAAAUUCUUCACUGAAAAGAUGAUGAAAAGAUAGCUGAUUUUGAUUACGAGAAGCUCGUAAUAAUGGUUCAAUGUUCUUUUCUUUUGUCUUCUUUAGGCAUCCCUUUUAAUAAGUUGCCGUACACUAUUUUUCUUAUAUGUAAAUUAUUACUUCUGCAUAUGCCGGAAGGACAUUCUGUUAUGUAUUUAUAAUGGGUUGAUGAAGAAGUACU